AUGAAAGCCUACCUCUUCUCUCUAGCUUUCCUCUUCUUGUCCUUGGCCCAAGGGCUCAACACGAAAGGCCAAGGCACAACCGUCAAAGUCUUCCAUGUCUACAGUCCACAGUCCCCAUUUAGGCCCUCGAAGCCAAUCUCAUGGGAGGAGAGUGUGCUCCAAAUGCUGGCCGAAGACCAAGCUAGGCUUCAAUUUUUGUCAAGUUUAGUGGCCAAAAGAUCUUGGGUGCCACUUGCUUCAGGCAGGCAGAUUUUACAGAGCCCAAAUUACAUUGUUAAGGCAAAGGUGGGGACUCCAGCUCAGACAUUGCUCUUGGCUGUGGAUACUAGCAAUGAUGCUGCUUGGAUUCCUUGCAAUGGCUGUGUUGGGUGUUCCUCUACUGUGUUUAACUCUGUUAAGUCCACUACCUUCAAAACCCUUGGUUGUGGAGCUCCUCAAUGCAAACAGGUACCGAACCCCACUUGCGGUGGCAGCACUUGCACAUGGAACACUACUUACGGCAGCUCCACCAUUUUAUCAAACCUUACACAGGACACAAUUGCUCUAUCCACUGAUCCUGUCCCUAACUACGCUUUUGGUUGCAUCCAGAAAGCCACAGGGAGCUCAGUGCCACCUCAAGGACUUUUGGGCUUGGGGAGAGGUCCUUUGUCAUUUCUGUCUCAAACCGAAAACCUAUAUCAAUCUACUUUCUCGUAUUGCUUACCUAGCUUUAAGACUCUCAACUUUUCUGGGACAUUGAGGCUUGGGCCAGCCGGUCAGCCUCUGAGAAUCAAGACCACACCAUUGCUCAAAAACCCCAGGAGAUCAUCAUUAUACUAUGUGAACUUGAUUGGAAUUAGAGUUGGUAGAAAAAUUGUUGAUAUUCCUGCCAGUGCUUUGGCAUUCAAUCCAACAACUGGUGCUGGGACCAUCUUUGAUUCAGGCACGGUUUUCACCAGACUGGUUGCCCCGGCCUACACCGCCGUCCGUGAUGAGUUCAGAAGGAGAGUCGGCAAUGCACCCGUGUCAUCCCUAGGCGGGUUCGACACGUGUUACUCAGGACCAAUUGUAGCACCCACCGUAACGUUUAUGUUCUCAGGCAUGAACGUAACGUUGCCACCAGACAACCUACUGAUCCGCAGCACUGCCGGUAGCACCACUUGCUUGGCCAUGGCUGGUGCCCCUGACAACGUGAAUUCGGUGCUGAACGUGAUAGCCAGCAUGCAGCAACAAAACCAUAGGAUUCUUUUUGAUGUGCCCAAAUCAAGGCUUGGCGUGGCUCGUGAGCAAUGUUCUUGA